UUAAGAGUGAGUUCAAUAACAAAAGAUUUUUUUUACACAUAUUAUUUCCUAUUUGAAAUUCUCUCUAGAAACAUUAUCAGUAAGAAAAGAUAAAAAGUUGAAAAAAAUUAAUUUUAAGUAAUUUUAAAAUGAACUGGAUAGCUGCAAUAAGAAUUUUAGUGUUCCUUUUUGUACUUAGCAUUCAUGAAACGUUCUCAGUUGUAAUAGAAAUAGACAAACCGAAAGAUUUAAAGAAAACAAUAGCCACAAAAACAAAUCUUUUGGUGCUGUAUACAAAUGCAAAAAAUCCGGAAGUUACGAAUGCUAGGAAUGUUUUAAAAUCUGUUGAUGGAGUUGUGGCUUUUGUAGACUGUACAAGUAAUGAGUUGAAAAAGGGUCCAUGCAAGAAAGCUUUACCAGAAGGCGAGAAAUUUGUAUUAAAGCACUACAAAGAUGGACAAUUCAAUAAAGACUACGACCGGCAAAUGACGAAAAAUUCAAUUCAAAACUUUCUUCGAGAUCCAACGGGUGAAAUUCCAUUCGAAGAGGAUUCAACGGGGAAAGAUGUGGUGCACCUGUUAAACAUGUCGCAUCUCGACAAACUCAUGCGCAAAUCAUCAAAAUUUCUCUUGCUCUUCUACACAAACUGGUGUGGAUUUUGUAAAAAGAUUAAACCGUUCUACUCAGAAAUUGCAUCGGAGAUGAAAGGAAAGCAUGUUCUGGCAGCAAUGGAUAUGGAAAAGCCUGAAAAUAAUCAAGCACGUAGACGUUUCAAUAUCACCGGCUUUCCAACACUCCUCUAUUUUGAGAACAACGUGCCCAAAUACACAUUCGACGGUGAUAAUACAAAAGACGGAAUUCUUACAUUCCUUAAUAAUCCCUCAUCUCCUCCCAUUAAGCAAAAGGAAGAGGAAUGGGCAUCAGAUCCAAAUUCUGAAAUAGUUCAUUUAACAUCCAAAAAUUUUGAAAUAAUAUUAAAAGAGGAAAAGUCUGCUAUUGUUAUGUUUCAUGCAAAUUGGUGUGGACAUUGUAAGACACUCAAACCAAAAUUUGAAGCGGCUGCUGUUAAAAUGAAGGAUAAAAGUGUCUCAGGAAUGCUUGCGGCAAUCGAUGCUUCACGAGAGAAUGACGUGGCAAGUAAGUACGGCGUUAAGGGAUAUCCAACAUUAAAAUAUUUUGAAUUCGGAGAAUUUAAAUAUGAUGUGAGCUUACGAGACGCCGAUACAAUUGUAAAAUUCAUGGAGAAUCCAGAUGAACCACCAAUUGUUGAAGUUGAGAAGGAAGUCGCAUGGGAAGAUGAAGAAACCGACGUUGUAUUCCUUACCGAUGAGACAUUUAAGCCAUUUAUGAAAAAGAAGAAGCAUGUGCUGCUAUUCUUUUUUGCUCCCUGGUGUUAUCAUUGUAAAAAAACAAAACCAGAAUUCACGAAGGCAGCAGAGGAAUUUAAGGAAGAUCAAAAGAUUGAAUUUGCAGCUGUAGACUGUACAAAAUAUUCAGGAAUAUGUUCGGUAUAUGAUGUUAAAGGAUAUCCAACGUUAAAAUACUUUAGUUAUCUGAAAACACAUAAAGACUAUGUAGGCGGGAGAACAGCAGACGAUUUUAUUAAAUUUAUGCACGACCCGGAGAAAGAAGUUAACGAAAAGCCUAAAGUCGAAAUUGUUCCAUUUACAAGCGAUAAUGUCAUUAUUUUGACUGAUAAGACAUUCGAGAGCACACUUAAGAAGCAAAAUUCAGUUAUGGUUUUCUUCUUUACUGAAUGGUGUGGAUAUUGUAAACAACUUAAACCUAUUUAUAGUAAGGCUGCAGACAUGCUCGUCGAAAACAACAAGUCAUUAUCAAUUCUAGCCGCAAUCGACUGCAGUUCAGCACAAAAUAUUUGUAAAAAGUUUAAAAUUGAAGGAUAUCCGACCGUGAAAUACUUUAAAAAUGGCCAAUUCUUCAGGGAUUACAAUAAGGAACGAACGAGUGAAGCAAUUAUAGAAUUUUUAGAUACCAAUACUAGCAAAGAUGAACUUUAAAUGAAAUUAAUUUUUAUUUUUAUUUCAUUAAGUUUUCGUUACAAUCCGACAUUAAUUCAGUGACAAAAGCGCAUUUUUACUCGUAGCUUUUUACAGUGAUCAAUAACUUUUGAGGGGUCUUUAAAAUGGCAGAAUUUUGGAAAAUGAUUCCAAAGGAAAUUCAUAAUGAACUAAAUUGAAGAUUUCCAAUUGAUAUUUCAUAAAAGCUAGCUCAAAUCUUUCGAAAAAAAAUCUCAAAUCUAAAAAAAUGCGUACAAAUUUAACUUUCUGAGAGAUUAUCUUAGUGGCUUUAUACUUAUUUCAAUUUUUUUCUGUUCAGUAUAAAAUAGCUAUCAAUUUAUAACUAAAUAUUUACAUAAUACCUCUGUUAUACAUAUGAAUUUUUACACAUUUUUCUUCAAUUAAUUAUAAACUUCAAUUUAAAAUGAUAAAAAACUUUUAAUUAUAAUGUAGGUAAAAAAAAUUAACCUAAUUGCCAACGAAAUUAAAUGAAGAAAAAGAAAAAAUCGAGAAAAAAAACUUGUGAUUAAUCAAUUAAAGGAAUUUUUUUAAUAAAAACUAAUCAACGCAAGUGUUUAAUUUAAGAGGAAUUGAUGAAAACAGCAUAAAUCUAAAAACAUUGGGUAAGCAAAAAAGAAAAUAAAUUUCAAGCUAUAAAAUUAAAAGAAUGGAAUAAAUUUCGAUUCAAGUAUACACAAUUAUAUUUUCAAAAAAUAAGCCGUGCUUUUUAUUGAAUCUAUCUUUGUUUGCAAAUGUUAAUUUAUUAAGGGACAAUUCACUUAUUACGUUUCGUAAGAAAAUGUUUUUCAACACCCCUUCUUUUAUUAAAUGUUUUUCAUGAAAAUAAAUCCCUCUCCCUCUUCCCCUUUCAAAGUAAUCUAACGAACGAACCAUAAUUUAAAUUUAAAACUAUCAAACAAAGAUUCAUGCUGUAUUCAUUAAAAGUUCUUCGUUUCAACGUCGUAAAAUGUAACAAAUUUUUUUAUUUUUUAUUGUUUAAAUUUUUAUCUAAAAUAAUUAAUAAAAAAAAUUGGUUUUU